AUGUCUUCUUCAGUCUUAGGGGUGAAGACGGGGUCAAGCACAGCUUUCCAAGAAAGGGCCCUCCUGAGAAAGACCUUCUCUCACGGGGAGGGGCACGGGGCGAGUGGGGCCAGAGGCUGCCUGGCCUUUCCUCGUGUCCGGAGGCCAAGUCUGGAGAGCAGAGGAGGAGCUCGGGCGGAAGGAGUCACGGCAGCACAAGCAUUUAGAAAGUUUCUUCCGUUCUUUGACCAAGUAUUGGUUGAAAGGCGUGCAGCUGAAACUGUGAGCAAACCAGGCAUUAUGCUUCCAGAAAAAUCCAUAGGAAAAGUAUUGCAAGCGCUAGUAAUGGUAGUUGGAUCCGGCUCUGUAAAGGGUGGAGAGAUCCAACCAGUCAGUGUGAAAGUUGGAGAUAAAGUUCUUCUCCGAGAAUAUGGGGGCACUACAGUAGCUUCAGAGGACAAAAAUUAUUUCUUAUUUAGAAAUGGCGACAUUCUUGGAAAGCACAUAGACUGA